UGUUAUGUGUUCUCUAGGACAAAACCCAACAGAGGCCGAGCUACAAGACGUGUGAUCAACGAGUCGACGCAGAUGGAAACGGCACCAUCGACUUAAUGUCACAAUGGGGGACAUGGCGAAAGAAAAUAACAAGCUGCACGAUGAAUUUGCAUCUACUUUCGCCACACCGAAUGCUAACUUUGUCACUAGGACUAAUGAACUUCACUCAGCUGUCAAUGACUCGCUGAUGCAAGACCGUGAGAACAAAGAAGCAACGGAUGCUAUAGUGACAACUUCAAUGAAGCAGGUCACGUUAUUGCAAGAGAAGCAUGGACAAGCUGUAUCAAACAUUAGAGACAAAGCAGAACAGUCUCUCAUAAAAGACUAUCAGGUUGAUCAGCGCAUGAACGAGACGCCAGAGAAACUAGCUAUAAUCGUGCCAAGCUUGGCGUCAAUUGAGGAGAUGAGGACUUUGUCUCCGAAGAAUAUUCUCAGUGAAGAUGCCUCAAGCAUGGAGAAAAGAUCAGCUAUACAGGGACAAGACGAAGCUAACAACAGAGCUCCAUUCUUGAAAGUAAACAUAUGAUUGAUUUGAUAAAAGAGGUGCCCGCUCUGGCAGUUGAGUUCAUCAACUGGAUGAGUCUAGCAGAGUAUGAGUGUGUAAAGGUGAUAUGAUUGUAGUACGCAAGCUUAUUUUGUUCUGGAUUAGUUUGUUGCCUAUGGACCGGUUCAAUUUGGUUAAUCUUCU